UUCUGGGUUCUCGUCGCACUGCAACGAGUUUGUACGUUAUUCGCUCUUUUACAUUCCUCGUCUCUCCUCCAUUUUACCUCCGCACCGCUUUUGCUUCACAGCUCGCAGAGAUGAAUGUAGAAAAACUAAGGAAGAUGGCUGGCUCAGUCCGCACCGGAGGGAAGGGUACAAUGAGAAGAAAGAAGAAGGCUGUACACAAGACAACCACGACAGAUGACAAAAGGCUUCAAAGCACCUUGAAAAGAAUAGGAGUGAAUGCUAUACCUGCAAUUGAAGAAGUCAAUAUUUUCAAGGAGGAUGUAGUCAUCCAGUUCAUUAAUCCUAAAGUCCAAGCAUCCAUUGCAGCUAACACUUGGGUCGUCAGUGGUUCUCCUCAGAACAAGAAAUUGCAAGACAUUCUUCCUCAAAUUAUUCACCAAUUGGGUCCAGAUAACUUGGAGAACUUGAAGAAAUUGGCUGAACAGUUCCAGAAGCAGGCGCCUGCAGCUGGUAAUGGUUCUGCAUUCAGUGCUACUGAGGCACCAGAUGAUGAUGAUGAGGUGCCGGACCUUGUAGCUGGUGAGACAUUCGAAGCUGCUGCGGAGGAGGGUCACCCCCACGCUUCUUAAUGGUCAACAUUCCAACUUAUUGUCAUUGCCCAUAUUCUAAAUAUUUUUGAAAUCUGUUACAUUACUUUAUUCGAUGUCAAUUAUGAUCUAUAACAGAAAGCUGGUAGAGUGCUUGAAUUAGUAACUUAAUGCUUUCACAAAGCUUCAUAUAUUAUAAAUGGGUAAGUAUAAAACCAACAUUUGUUAAGGAAAUCCCCUAAACUACCAUUGUGAUUUCUGAAGUAUUGCACACAUGCUGAGUAUCAAUAAGCCUUACUGCGGUUAA